ACUCUGAGGAAAGACGUCAUCAAGUAGCCUACCGAAGUUACCGACGCCAUUUUGGCUCAAACAAACUCUGCAUUUCACUUAUUAGUAUAACAUAUUCGUCUUAAGGAAUCGCAUUUUAUACUCAAAGCAUUAAAGAGACCGCGCGUAAAGUCAUUGCGCACAUCUGCUAAAAUAACUGCUGUAUCUUUUUCUGACGUGUAAAGUAUUUUUAAUAAAACACCUGCUAAGUCCUCUGCUAGCAGACCGCUACGUGUCAUCGUUGUUGUGCCCAGAUGAUAAGUUAAACAUUUGGCGAAUGUAAAUAAAAAUGGGUGGAUGCUCCGCUCCAAACUGCUCGAACUCUACAACUAUUGGAAAGCAGCUCUUUCGCUUUCCGAAAGAGCCCGUGCGCAUGAGAAAGUGGCUUGUAAACUGUCGGCGUGAUUUUGUACCGACCCCCUGCUCCAGACUGUGCCAGGACCACUUUGAAGAAAGCCAGUUUGAGGAGAUCGCCAGAUCACCAGCAGGGGGAAGGAAACUCAAACCCAACGCAAUCCCCACACUCUUCAAUGUUCCCGACCCUCCCUCUCCUGUCACCCCUCAAGCAGUGUUACCUGUUAAAAAUGAGCCAGUGGAAAAGGACUUGAACAUGGGGGACCAUGGUUAUGCCCGCCGACAGCCGCUGGUGGAUUCGGAGGAGGAUGGGGUUCAGAGGGCAGACGAGGAGCGACCUUGCUCGCUCUGCCAGCAUUAUAAAACCAAACUGGAGCAGCAACAGCAGCACACCGUCAGACUACAGAGAGAGGCAGAGGAAAUGAAGAAACGGCUUUAUAAACUGAGUAAAAUAGAGAAGGGGCUACAGGUGUUUCUGUUUGAGGAUCAGAUACGUGCCCUAACGCUAGCCAAGCGUUCUCGGAGGGCAGUGUGGUCUCAUGGUACUUUACUGACAGCCCGUAAAAUCCGCUGCGCUGUGGGGGUUAAAGGAUACGAGUACCUAAGGGAACUGGGCUACCCUUUGCCUUCUUACAGGACGCUGUGUAAUCGCCUGGAGCCCAAAAUGAUGGUGACCACGAGUAUGCAGGACGAACUAGCAGAGCUCGGCCUGGGCAUCAUAACAGCUUGUGACAGUCCAGAGGGCAACGUGACGAGUGAUGAAGGACUGAUUGGAGUCAUGACCUGAGACACUGUGUUUCUGAGAAACUGCACUAAUGCUGUUAAACUCUUAAACCACCCGAAGGCGAAGGACUCACAGAGGAUGUCUGUUUAGUGGGUUAAGUUAUUCUGGAUUGUUGUUGUUGCAUUUUUAAACCAUUUGCAUUGAUACCACAACCGUCUAGAGUUGAUCCACUAUCAUCCAGAAAGAAAUAUUUUGGUCUUGCGGCAUCUGGCUAUGUAAGUUGAUGUCUCUUGAUGCAAAUAUUGCACUUGUUACCCAUUUCGAGAAAAUUAAGGUAAACUGUUGGAAUAAUUUCAGUUGUUCACAGAAUCAUAAACUACUAAGACUGUGCCCUGAAAACCAAAUAUUAUCACUCUAAACUGAAUUUUUGCUACUGAGACAGAAGUUUUCGCUUGUUUCUAUGAGAGGAAGUUGACAGAUGUGACUAGGUAAAUGGUCAAAUUGACAUGACGGUGAGACUGUGUAAAGUCACUAUUUAAAGUGGUAUGUUGGUAGUGGUGCUGUUUUAAAGUGGUGUAAAUCUGGAGUAUGAGUUUAGCAGGCAAAAAAAGAUCAUAUAUUUAUAGAGCCACCACACAAAUGAUUCAUGCAGUUGCCAAACUGAGGGGACUGUUGUGAAUAAUAAACUUCUGUCUUCAAACCAGA